AUGUCUAUGCUGAUCGGCUUGGGCCGAUGGUGCGCAGAAACCUUCGUCAAUGACGAACAACUGGAAUUCGAUCAGGCCGCGUCCUCCAUCUCCAGAGGAACUAGAAGAGCAGUUGAAACAGUGGCCGAGGAGACUUCUCCGAAACCCCUCGAUCAGUCAGCAGCGCUGUACAGUCCUUUGAUCGUAACCGCUGGUAUCUCGUUGACUGUGGUGGCAGUCAGCUCGGUUGCUUCCGGUAUGUUGGCCUCCCGUUAUUCGUGGGAAGUCCUCGAAAUGCUGGCCAUAGUUGAUCAACUUGUCGAGAUAAGGAUAUUCGCUUGCGGUUAUCCUCUGUUCCGCUUGGGACUCUUCUGCACUGUAUCAACCUUACUCAUCCUUAUCUUCCGUCGAAUGGGGAUGCGCGCAUCUACCCAUCAACGUAUCGAAAAACCCAUGGAUGAGCGGGAGACCGUUCCACCUCUCAUUGAACGGGUUAACGAGCACUUGGACGCUCCAAAAGGCUCGGCACUAGUUGAGAGAGUUUUGGAAGUUCUCGCACUACCUGAGGGUACGGAGGCGAAUCCUAACGGCUUCGAAUUUGUACAUAUCCAAAACCAACCGCAUUACGUCUAUGUCGAGAAACGCUCAUUGACGGUGGGAAGCGCCAAGGCCGGUGAGAAGGCCCUGUCGCAGUGGCGAAUAACGGUGCACUUCCGUGGUCAACGCUGGAAUAGGGUCCGCGAAGUCAUGUCCAUGAGAAGUGAAGAGGAGUGGAACUCCCAGUGCACGGGAUCGGAGGUGCUCCCUGUCCUAGCUACUUGA